AUGACUCCCAAGAGCGGAGAGGGAGAAAGGUGCAAAAGACAAAUUUUCUUCACUUGUUUAAUUUGAAUGGUUUAUAGGCUAAUCCACCAAUCAAAUUCAAUCAUCAAUGGAGUUGCGUUGCGUUGCGUCGAGAGCUAUAAUAUUCUAUACUGGAAGCAGAGCAUCCGAUCCGAAUAUUCUCCUAGAUAUGCCUUCCUCUUUAAAACUGGUUUCGAAUAUUCUACCCUUUCCUGCUCAUUGCAUGGCAUGUUCGCAUAUAUCACCAACCCAACUUGUGCCUCCCCCUAACGCAACCCAUGUCAGUUUCCCAAUUCAAUUGCCAACACUUGCCCAUCACCGUUUUUCUGUCACAACCUAAUACCCCAGCCAGAACCAUGCACUGCAUUUUCUGAUUUAAAUAACCAGAAGAAGAGUUUAAGGACAUAUUUUGUAUUAUUAAGUUCCAAUAUUAUAUUACUUUUCCUUACUAAUCUAAUAAUUGUUUUUUUCAUAGUAACAUUAGUUUUCAACAACUUGGUAUUAUAUUAUAUUAUUCAACAACCUAGGAUCCAUAUUCAUUUGAGAGAUUUAAAGUUCAACAAGUAGGGGUUAGAUAACACCCCACAAGUCUUUUUCUUAUUGGCAUGAGCCUGUCUCUCUAUCCUGUGUAAUCUGACGCUGUGGGUCCAAUUGUCCAAAUAUUACUGAUCUAAUAAUUGUUUUUUCCAGAGUGACAUUAGUUUUCAACAUGAAGCUUUUUUUUAAAAGUGAGAAGCUUUCGCUUGUUUUGGUGUUCCAGUUCCACUUAGAGCCAUGACAGACAUCUCCAAGUCCCUUCUCUUUACCUUUACCAUCAUCAUCAGCUUUGGCUUGUGCAUUCUUUAUGCAUCUGCAGAACUCCAGAGAUUUGCACACUCUUCCAAACAUGAUGGUGCUCUUAGCUUCUUGGUGCUUGGUGACUGGGGAAGAAGAGGUGCUUACAACCAAUCACUAGUUGCUUUCCAGAUGGGAAAGGUUGGAGAGAAGCUUGAUAUCGACUUUGUAGUUUCCACUGGAGACAACUUCUAUGACAAUGGACUGACUAGUGACCAUGACAACGCGUUUCAAGAAUCAUUCACUAAAAUUUACACAGCAAAAAGCUUGCAAAAUCAGUGGUACAGCGUGUUAGGCAACCACGACUAUAGGGGUGAUGCAGAGGCCCAAUUGAGCCCGGUCCUUAGAGAAAUUGAUAGCAGAUGGCUUUGCUUAAGGUCCUUUAUUGUAGAUUCAGAGCUGGUUGAGAUUUUCUUUGUAGACACCACUCCUUUUGUUGACGAGUACUUCACUGAACCACCGGAACACAAGUAUGAUUGGCGGGGCAUUGGCCCACAAAAAUCUUAUAUUUCUAACUUACUCAAGGACCUAGAAUUGGCACUGAGGGGAUCAACAGCAAAAUGGAGGAUUGUUGUUGGUCACCAUGCCAUUAGAAGUGUUGGGCAUCAUGGUGAUACUCAAGAACUCAUAAAUCGGCUUCUCCCUAUCCUUCAGGCAAAUAACGUUCACUUUUACAUGAACGGGCAUGAUCAUUGUCUUGAGCACAUUAGUGACACGGAGAGCCCCAUUCAGUUCCUGACUAGCGGGGCAGGGUCAAAGGCUUGGAGAGGAGACAUUGAAGGAAUGAACCGAAGAGGCGUAAAUUUCUUCUAUGAUGGACAAGGCUUCAUGUCAGUGAAAUUGACUCAGACGGAUGCCACCAUUGAGUUCUAUGAUGUUUUUGGCAACGUUUUGCACAGAUUGACUUCUUCAAAACAGCUACAUUCUUCCAUGUAAAGUUUAGAGCUAGAUACUAGACAUUGAGAUUAAAUAGACCAAUCCAAAUUGGUUGAUGAAAUUUCAAACUAAUCCUUGAUGUCAUGCUUGAGUAUGUACGAGAAAUGAAAAUAUGAAUGAAGGAUUCUUCACUGUGAUUCAUUCACCGCAGUGAUGAAUUGCUGUUUAACUUCUGUCUUCUAAAUUUAAGAUGCAAGAGCAGUAAUUGUACUUAUUUUCA